AUGGUAGACAAUAAUCAAUUCAAAUAUUUUUUAGAUAUAUUAGAAUUCAUCGAACAAUCACCACAUGGUGUUGUUUAUUUCACUUUUGGUUCAACUGUUAGAAUGACUUCAUUACCCAAACACAUACAAAAAGCAUUUAUAGAUGCACUUGCACAAAUCCCUCAAAGAGUGUUAUGGAAAUACGAAGAUGAAAUUGAAAAUAUACCAAAAAAUUUUAUGAUUAAAAAGUGGCUACCUCAACGUGAAAUUCUUUUGCACCCUAAUGUGAAACUCUUUAUCAGUCACGGAGGUUUAUCUGGGUUAUAUGAAGCAAUAGAUGGCGGUGUCCCCAUUCUUAGUUUUCCUUUAUUUGGUGAUCAGCCAAAAAAUAUUGACAAUAUAGUCAUUACAGGAAUGGCUAUUUCUAUGGAUGUUUUGUCCAUAACAAAGGAUGUGUUCUUAAAUAAUGUUUUAGAACUGUUCAACAAUAAAAAGUACAUGGAAAAUGCUAAAACUGCGUCGAAAAUAUUCAAAGAUCGGCCUAUAUCACAAGCAAAUCUAGUUGUGUACUGGACAGAGUAUGUUAUACGUCAUAAAGGAGCUCCCCAUUUGACAUCUCACGCAAUUAACCUAUCGUGGUAUCAAUACUAUCUUUUGGAUCGCAUUGCUUUAAUAUUAGUUUUUAUUAAGGCCGUCCUCCCACUAGGGCGACGCGACGCGACGCGAUUUUAAAUAAAUAUCGCGUGAUAAUCGUUUGUCUUAUAAAACACGGAAAAUAUAUCGGGGACUUCCCACUGACGCGACACGAUGUGAC